CUCCGGCCGCUGGGGGCGCUGUCACGUGUCUGCUCGACUGCUUCCGGGUUGUCGGUCUGAACCCGGAACUUCCGGUCAGCACGCGUGUGGAAACAAACUGUAGCUCCUCCAAAACACCGACACGCGCAGCAGAUACCACCGCCAUGGGUCCGCCUCGUUCUAAGAAGCGUCGUCCGACGUUCCGCCGUCUGCUGAAGACGAGCGGCGUGAAGCUGGAGAACAAGUUGAAGAACCGUCAGAAUAAGCAGCAGAACGUCGCCAAGAAGCAACGGAAGGAGCAGAAGAAGCUGCGUCAGGCGGUGAAGGACGCCGUCAUCAGGACGCCCCGCCCACUGGAGACGUACAGGAAGAGACCCGAGGAAGAGGAGGAUGAGGAGUUUCUGGAGAGUCUGCCGACCGACAUGAUGGAGGAAGACGACGUAGCGGCGAUGACCGCCAUGGCCCGCCAGGCCUCCUUCGUCACCAGAGACCUGUCGUCAUGCGGGCCGGUGCACAGUGGGAAGAAGAGGAGCUCGGAGGUGAUGCGGGGCUACGAGAAGGUUCCCAGGAAGCUGAGGAGGACGGAGGAGAAGGAGGUGAUCCACCUGCUGCCAAUCAAAGACCGGAGAGGAGUCGUCCCUCAGAGCUUCGAGAGAGUCAUCAAAAAGCAGGAGGAGGAGGAGGAGGAAGAGGAGGAGGAGGCGGCUGCUGACGAGGCGGAGUUUGAAGACGAGCCGGAGACCCUGACGGCGGAGCAGAGAGAAGAGCUCAGAGUUCAAAAGGUCAACGAGAGGAAGCUGAACAUCGCCCGUCUGGGAUCAGCCGUGGUGUCGGACCCGUACAGUAAUAUAAAGAGGGUGAAGGAGCUGCGUGGGAUGCUGAUGGAGACGGACCCGAGUGUCGCCGUGACGGUCAGGAAGCUGGUGAUGGUGUCUCUGAUGGAGAUCUUUAAAGACGUUGCCCCCACCUACAGGAUACGACCUCUGACCCCUGAAGAGAAGGCCUCCAAGGUGAAGAAGGAGACCCAGCAGCUGCGGGACUUUGAGGAGGGUUUGGUGAGUCAGUAUAAGUUCUACCUGGAGGACUUGGAGCAGACGGUCAGAGACUGGAAGCAGAAGAAGAAGAAGCGCAGUCAGGCGGUGGGGUUCCAGUCCUACCUGGGUCUGGCUCAGGUCGCCGUCCGGUGCCUGUGUGAGCUGCUGCUCGCUCUUCCUCACUUCAACUUCCACAACAACAUCAUCGUCAUCCUCGUCCCUCUGAUGAACGACCCCGUCAAGCAGGUGUCAGGUAUGUGUUGUGAUGCCUUCAGGAAGCUCUUCCAGCAGGACAAAGAGGGCGGGGCUUCGUUGGCCACGGUGCGGGUCAUCUCCGGCCUCGUUAAGAGUCUCAACUUCAACGUCAGACCCGAGCUGCUGAAGACGCUGCUCAGCCUGAGGAUAAAGGAGGUGCAGAUGAAGAAGGACAUCGAGGACACGGCACCAAAGAAGAAGUUCAUGAACAACAAAGAGAAGAAGAAGAACCUGUCCAGGAUGCAGAGGAAGUGGAAGAAGGCGGAGGAGAAGUUGGAGAAGGAGCUGCUGGAGGCUGAAGCCUCUGAGUGCAAAGAGAAGAAGAUCAAGCUGCACACAGAGACUCUGAACAUCGUCUUCCUCAUCUACUUCAGGAUCUUAAAGAAAGCUCAGAAGUCAGUUCUUCUUCCUGCUGUUCUGGAGGGACUGGCCAACUUUGCUCACCUGAUCAACCUGGAGUUCUUUGACGACCUGCUCAACGUGCUGCAGAGCCUCAUCCAAUCAGGAGAUCUGACCAGUAGAGAGUGUCUCCACUGCAUCCAGACAGUGUUCACCAUCCUGUCAGGACAAGGAGACGUUCUGAACAUCGACCCUCUCAACUUUUACUCUCAUCUCUACAAAAUGCUGCCGCGGCUCCACGCAGGGGCGCCCAAUGAUGACAUCAUCAUCGUGCUGCGGUGCCUGGACGCCAUGCUGACCCGCCGCAGGAAGCAGGUGAGCCUGCAGAGGGCGAUGGCGUUCGUGAAGCGACUGAGCGUGCUCAGUCUGCACGUGCUGCCCAACGCCAGCGUGGGCCUCCUCGCCGCCAGCAGAGCCACCGUGCACGGGUUUCCUAAGUGUGACUUCCUGUUGGAUAACGAGGUUCAGGGCAGCGGCUUCUACCUGCCGGAGCUGGACGAACCGGAACACUGCAACGCCCAGAACACGGCAUUGUGGGAACUACACACACUGCAGAGACAUUACCACCCGGUGGUGCGGCGGAUGGCGGUCCACCUGAGUCAAGGAGCUCCCAGUGACGGGUCGGCGUCGCUCAGUGCGGAGCUGAGCCGCAGGUCUCCGGUGGAACUGUUCAACGUCUACAGUGUCAAAGACAUGACCUUUAACCCCCCUGUAGCUCCACCCGGCAGCAAGAAGAAGGACCGGUUCGGGUUCGGAGCGGCGCUGAUGGACGCCGAGCUGCAGAGACGAGCUGAGAGCGUCCUCACCGUUACCGAGGAGACGGAGCUGGACUUCACCACCACACACGCACCGACACACACACACUGACAGACACACACACACACACACACACACUGACAGACAGACACACACACACACACGCACGAGCCUCGUUAUGGAUCAUUGGAUCAUAAGUGUUGUCAGAUGAUUGAACUUGUUCUUCACAUUGAAAUAAAUUUUUAUUGAAACAUUA